CCGUGACCUAGCUUAGCGACAGGCCUCUCCCCGGCGACGGCGCCGCAACAAGAUGGCGGACGACAGAGACAGGGACGGCACAGAGAUAGCUGUAGCAGAAUUUCACAAAAAAAUCAAAGAAGCUUUUGAAGUGUUUGACCAUGAGUCAAAUAAUACAGUGGAUGUGAGAGAGGUCGGAACAAUUAUCCGGUCAUUAGGAUGCUGCCCUAGUGAAGGAGAGCUGCAUGAUCUGAUUGCAGAGGUAGAGGAAGAAGAACCCACUGGAUACAUUCGAUUUGAAAAAUUUCUACCAGUGAUGACUGAAGUGCUACUGGAAAGAAGAUAUAGACCAAUUCCAGAAGAUAUCCUUCUUCGAGCUUUUGAGGUAUUAGAUCCAGCUAAACGUGGAUUUCUUUCUAAGGACGAACUGAUAAAGUAUAUGACUGAAGAAGGUGAGCCUUUUUCUCAGGAGGAAAUGGAAGAAAUGUUGUCUGCUGCAAUUGAUCCAGAAUCGAAUUCAAUUCUUUAUAAGGACUACAUAACAAUGAUGGUGAUAGAUGAGAAUUAAACUCUCCAAAGACUUCAUUUCUAAUUGAAAGUAUAAUUUCAAAGACUGCUUGUCCCUGUUAAUUUCACAUUUUAUCUUAUAACUCCUACAUAUUGCUAAUUAAUGCCUUGUGACAACUAUUUCAAGAUAUUUUGUUCUUUAAAGGUGAUCAUACAAUUUAAAAUAUAGAUCUAUUUAGCAUGUCUAGCCUAAUGGAAUGACACAUUACAUUGCUAAUUAAACACAUUGCUUUUAAGCUAUUCAUAAAA